AUGGCAACAACUUCAGCAGCAGCAGUAGCAGCAGCCACAACGAACGACUCACUCAAUGCAACCACAAAAACAUUACAGCAAACUCCGUCGACAAAAACACUCGGUGAAGCAGAACUUCGGCUGGGUGACCUCCUCUCUCUCACUCAGCCAUUCAAAAUCUGGUUGAACUUGCACGAAUCCAACUACAAACUGCCAGAGUGUGGCGAUAUUUUGUUCUCCAUGAGUUACCUACCGACAGCUGAGCGACUGACUGUCAUCAUCAUUAAAGCCAGAGAUCUUAUGUGGCCAGCGGAGAUUGUUGUUACUGAAUGUUUCGUGAAAGUUCACCUGAUGCAAAACAACAAGAGAGUUCAAAAGAAGAAAACCUCGUGCAAGCGAGACGAACGGCAUCCGAUCUUCAACGAGUCCAUGACCUUCAUGGUUCCAGCUACCUCCUUGCAAUUGAGGGUGUCUGUGAUAGCCAACUUGUCUCCGGGGGCAUCUGUGGGACCCACACACCCCGGUUCGACGUACCAGGUUGGUCACGUGACCGUCGGUUCAAAGGCCAGUGGGACGGAACUCGUGCACUGGAAUCAAACGCUCAACUCGCUGCGGAAGCAAACCUCGAUGUGGCACCGUCUCAAGAAAUGA